CUGGAUUUCAUGGAUCCUAUCGGUGUACGACUUUCUGACAUCUCUGAUUUAAAAUGUUUUUUAUGGCAUUUUUCAAAGCUAUUUGGGUAUAAUUUUGCUCACAGUGAAUGCAGAAACGUUUCUUUUAAUUAUUCAAGCUGAACAUAAUUGCAGUAGAUUUUUCUACAGCACCUUAAAAUAUGGAAAUGUGUCUUUUGUUUACAUUAUACUAGUUUGUGAGUAAAAAAUCCGUCAGGUGGCGUCGUUAGCUGUUUACUUCCUAGACUUUCUGUCGUUCAUUUCACGUUCUCUACUUGCGUUAUCAAUGUUGAUGUUCUCUACAGUUACUGACUGUUAGCAUUGUAAAAAAAAAGUGAUUUUAAAAAAAUGGAGCCAAUUGUAGCUAGUUCGUCUGUAUCUCCUAAUAAACAAGUACCACCUGUACUAGUUUCAAAUUUAGUAGGCCUAACUGAUUGUGAAAAACAUGUGUGCUUAAAAAAUGAUUCAUUCAACAACGAAAAUCAAAAUGAAGUGAAUAAAAUGAAAGUUGAGUCAGGGAAUCCACUUGUGGAAGCAGUGUCAUCCAAUGUGAAUAACACGUUUGCAAAACCUUUUCUGAUUAAGGGGAAAAAUUCAGGAGACACAUUAAAUAGGCAACCAUCAGCUAGUAACUGUGGCAUUGAUGACUUACAUUCAGAGAUUAAAGAAGCCAAGGCUGAAGUAUUGUCAGCAGGUACAGAUGAAGAAAAGGCAUAUGAAUCUGAACCAGCUUGUCUUGAAAAGCUCGCUAUGCGAAAAAAACUCAGAAAUCGAAUAUUUCGUGGAAAACAAAGUAAAACUGUUUACCCUAGAACACGGGCAGUUUCUAAAGAAAUGCGCGAGUUGUCAAGAAAACAUGCCAUGCUGGAGAAAAAUUUGAAAAUUGAAGGAUUGCCAGAUCCACCAAAAUUUAGAAAAAGGAGAUUAUCCUUAAGCUCUAACAUGGGAAGACCACAUGAUAAAGAUUUGAUGUACAAGAGAAAAAGAUUAGCCUCUGUAGACUCUAGACCCAGACGAGAUCAUAUGCCAAAGUGGGAAUUAAUGGGUGGAGAUGCUCAUGAUCCACUCAAUCUAAAUGGAUUGGCACAUAGUGAGGAGGGCAGACUUUUAAACCUUAAAACACCUGAAAGUUCACCUCUUCCAACUCCUGAUUUCAGGAAAAUAGUAUAUGUUAAAGUUCCCCCAAAUAUUGAGGAUCCACUUAAUUUGGAAGGUAAACAUGAUCAGAAAGUUAUAGACAUGCUUUUAAAUUCCACAAUUAAAAAACGUCAUAGGUCUAGAAAGAAAAAGCAUGAUGAAAUGCAAGUAGCAAACUCUUCUUCGGGACCCACAGCCACCACACCAGUCAUGCAAACAUGUGCGGUUAUGGAUCCUAAUAUUCCAUCUGAGGAAGAAUCUGUUUCACAGAAUGCAAGUGCAACUCAAAAUGAUAUUAGUCCCCUGAAGAACAAAACAAGUGAACCACCCACACCACCAAAGCCAUCAAUAUCUAAUACUAGUAACAAUCGGUCUAGAUCAAGAUCCUUGAGUAUGAGUCCAGAAAGAAAGUUCAAAAGACAGACUAGUGGUAGUAGGGGGAAAUCAGGUCCUAACGAACCUACAAAGUUUCCAGCAAAGCCAAUGUUUACUUUGGGUAACUAUAACCGGUAUUAUGGAUAUCGGAAUAGGGACCAUGAACCUGACCCACGUCUUCAGUAUUUUGAUCCCUCAUGGUUUAAGGGAAAAGAUGUUUUGGACAUUGGAUGCAACACAGGACAUAUUACACUGGCUUUAGCAGAGCAGUUUUAUCCUCAUAAGAUUUUAGGAAUGGACAUUGAUGGUAAACUGAUCCAAGCUGCCAGACAGAAUAUCAGACAUAUGCUCAGCCAAAGGAGAAAAGACUCAUCAAAAUAUCCAUGUGUUUUUGAGAUGACAAAAGGUCCAUUAGAGGCUCACCCUCUGAUGGGGUCAUCUGAUCAGUUCCCCAAUAAUGUUCUGUUUUUGCAGGGUAAUUAUGUUCCAGGGAGUGAAGAAAUUCUAAAGUUACAAAAAGAAGAGUAUGAUAUCAUUCUUGCAUUAUCAAUAACAAAGUGGAUCCACCUUAAUAAUGGUGAUGAUGGUCUUAAGCUAUUUUUCCAAAAAAUCUUCCGUCAACUGCGACCUGGAGGCAGGCUAAUUUUAGAACCCCAACCUUGGUCAACAUAUCGAAAACGGGCUAAGCUUUCUGCGGAACUUUUUGCAAAAUACCAGUCUAUAAAGUUAAAGCCAGAAGGGUUUAAGCAUUAUCUCCUGUCCAUUGGCUUUGUCAAGUGUGAAGUUAUUGGUGUACCUGUUACUAAAGCCAAAGGCUUCAGACGUCCCUUGAUUUUGUUUACGAAAGCAGACAACAAGCAGGCAGCUGCUGUUCCUGAGAGUGAAGCAAUGGACUACAGUGAAGUCUGCCAGGAAUGUGGCAACAAAAACAAAUCAGAGUGUGAACACCCCCAGUUUACGGGGAUGCGCCGUGGACCUUACGCUAGUCAGUUGUAUGACCACAUUAACUACCCACCUUCUUCUGAUUCUCCGUAUCGUUCAGCACAGAGGAACGGCCUCAGUUCUAGUUUGUCUUUCACCAUGCCCCCAGGGGAUGACAUUGGUUCCAGUGCAAUGGACAGGAGUGAGCGAGUCGAUGCUGCUUCGGAGAACGGUGUCACAAAUUUUGUGAGUGAGAGCUGGCGAGGGAGUGUUAGAGAGGCAAGCAGGAGCGGGUCGCGGAGCAGCAGCAGUAGCAUGAGCAGAAGUGGGUUCAGUUUGAGCAGUUCAGGGACAAGUGGCUCUAGCUCAACAGUGUCUAGCAGUUCCUACUAUACCCCCAGCCCUGCUGGGUUGAAUGGUGACAUUGUCAGUGGUUCAGAGUAUAGCCCAAGUGUGAAUGGACAAGUUGUUGAUAGUAGUCCCAGUCUCAUUGAGCCAAGUGUUGAGAGUAGCCCUAAUCUGAUUGGACAGAAUUUUGAUAGCAGCCCUGUUCUGAUUGGACAGAAUGAUAAUAGUAGCCCUAUUAUGAUUGAACCCAUUGAUGGUAGUCCUAGUCUGAUUGAAUCAAAUGUUGAUUGUAGUCCUAUAAUGAUUGGAGAGGAUGUUAACAGUAGUCCUAUAAUGAUUGAACCAAUUGUUGAUGGUAGUCCAAUUCUGAUUGGGCAGAAUAAUAGUAGUCCAAUUAUGAUAGAACCCAUUGAUGAUAGUCCUAUUCUGAUUGGACAGAAUGAUAACAGUAGUCCUUUAAUGAUUGAACCUAGUGAUGAUGUUAGUCCUAUUUUGAUUGGGCAAAAUGAUAACAGUAGCCCAAUUGUGGGUGGUAGUCCUAGUCUGAUUGAACAAGAAGUUGAUGGUAGCCCUACUUUAAUUGUACAAAUUGAUUCUGGAAGUGCUAUUCUGAUUGGACAAAAUGUUAAUGAUAAUUUUAAUAUUAUUGAUCCAAUUGUAGAUGGUUCUGAUUCUGUUGAACCUAGUAUGGAUGGUAAUUCUAAUCUUAUUGAACCUAGUAUGGAUAGUGCUUCAAUUGUUAUUGGACCUAGUAUUGACAGUAGUUCUAAUACUGAACCAAGUGUGGAAAGUAUUUGUUCUAAUCUCAAUGAACCUAUUGUGGCUUCUAAUCUUGUCCAACAUAGUGUGGAUGGUAGUAAUUGUUCUAAUGAAUCUAAUGUGGAUAGCUGUAGUAAUCUUAUUGGACCAGUCACAGAACAAGAUGAGGCCGGGUUAAACAGCUCUGAGCACACACUUGAUCCUGGUGCUUCACCUGUUGUCCCUGAAGCUUCACCUGUUGUCACAGAAACUUCACCUGUUCCUGAAGCUUCACCUGUUGUCCCAGAGAUUUCCCCUGUUCCUGAAGCUUCACCUGUUGUCCCAGAAACUUCACCUGUUCCUGAAGCUUCACCUGUUGUCCCAGAAACUUCACCUGUUCCUGAAGCUUCACCUGUUGUCCCAGAAACUUCACCUGUUCCUGAAGCUUCACCUGUUGUCCCAGAAACUUCACCUGUUCCUGAAGCUUCACCUGUUGUCCCAGAAACUUCACCUGUUCCUGAAGCUUCACCUGUUGUCCCAGAAACUUCACCUGUUCCUGAAGCUUCACCUGUUGUCCCAGAGAUUUCCCCUGUUCCUGAAGCUACACCUGUUGUCCCUGAAGCUUCACCUGUUGUCACAGAAACUUCACCUGUUCCUGAAGCUUCACCUGUUGUCCCAGACACUUCACCUGUUGGUCUUGCUGCUUCAGAAGACAAUGCAUGGGCUUUGGAGGAUGGUAGCAGCGAGGUAGCAUCUGUUGAAGAAGGUGAAGGCCACCCUGAAGUCAAUGGCAACACUAGCGUUGUGCAGCACUGGGACAUGGAUAACCAGGAUGCUAAUAUUGAUGUUCCCGUGAGGCAGGUGUGGGGAGGUGAUGGCGCAUCUGGUGCCGGUUUGUAA